AUGACCAGCAAAAAACUACCAGAUAUUGUACGAUUAACUAAUAUUUCCGGGUACGAACAAAGAUGCAACGAUAUAGUGUAUUGCAGACCUCAAAAUGUUAUAGAAAACCCAAAUCUCUGUGUAUUCUUCGGCGGAGAUGUUCAGGACUUCACAGAAAACAUGCUCAGUCACAGAGAUAAUAAAAAUUACGUCCAGUGGAAUUUGGAAAAUACAGCUAAAAUCUUACAGCACAGAUUUCUUACCAGCCAUAUUGUUGUAAUACGCCCAGCCAGAAUGGAGUAUAAAACAUUUAGUUGCUAUGAAAACUUCUUACCGUGUUUUGCAUGCGGAGUACCAGACCAUUGUCCUAUGAAUUUUAGCUUGAAGCAUUUAGAAACGUUGUUGAUUAAUAUAUCAAGAAAAUUGCAAACGAUGACUGAUGAAGAACUAAAACAUGUAGAAGAAGUUUCUAAGAACGGACUAGUAGAUUAUGUAGAUACUCCAAAAACUUCAGACGAAGUUCCACUUAGAACUACAGUAAAUUUGAACGAUUGUGAGGUUUCACUUCUAGGAUUCAGCAAGGGAUGCGUUGUUUUAAAUCAGUUUCUAUAUGAGUAUAACUAUUAUAAAAACUUACCAGGCUCCGAAGAUAUAAAAAUAUUACCAUUAAUCAAACAAAUGUACUGGUUGGAUGGUGGUCAUUCAGGUGGAAAAAAUACAUGGAUCACUACCCGCUCACUCCUUGAAACUUUAGCUAGUAUGGAUAUCCAAGUCUACGUUCAUGUUUCUCCAUACCAGGUAGCAGAUGACCGGAGACCGUGGGUUAAGAACGAGGAAAAGAAGUUCACUGAAACACUUAAAAAAAUAGGAGCCAAUAUCGAGCGAACGCUUCACUUCAGCAACGUACCUUCCAGUCUGCAUGUUCACUUUAAUAUAUUAAAAGAAUUUUAG